UUCACAAAAUUCAUGGUUAUCGUCAUUCGUCACUCGUGCUUCGAGAAACAUCUGAAGAACAACGGAAGAAGGGGAAUUUGUUGUGCAGCUCCUGGGACGGAAAAACUUCCUCACCGAGCAACGUUUACAGGAAGAUGGUUGCUGCAGAGCCUCCGAUGAGAGAUGUGAGCCCAUUGCAGCGCUAUCCCUUGGUCAUCAUCAACCUCCUCUUGAUGAUCGUAUCGGGGAUAAUCACCGCCAUCUCUUGUUACUCGCUGUACCUGCGUUGGGACGAUAUCCAGUUUAUGUCCAUCAUGAUCACGAUCGCGGUGAACCUGGAGAUCCCUUCCAUCAUCAUUGGAUCCGUCGUGACCAUCGUGUCUGGAAUGGGAUUCAUUGGAGGCCUACGCGAGAACGUUCUACUUCUGACCAUAUAUUCUCACGCCAUGUGCGUGCUUAUGCUCAUCAGCGUGGCUUUAUCGCUGCUCGCCUUCUUGCUUCCAACAAUGAGUACGAAAACGAUCCAUGAGUUCGUCACGGUGGAUCUCAUCGUCCAUUACAGAGAUAAUGAUGACUUCCAGAGGGUCAUCGACUUCAUGCAGUACACAUUCAAAUGCUGCGGUGUGACUCAAGACGGUUAUCACGACUGGAACCAGAAUAUGUAUUUCAACUGCAGCAGGUUCAACCCGAGCUUUGAGCGUUGCGACGUCCCUGCAGCUUGCUGCUGUCGCGAAAAUCCGAACGAAGACAUAGAGACGGUCUUGAGCAGACGCUUCUGCGGCCACAGGACCCUGGCGAUGACGGAGCAAGAAGCCUGGCAGAAAAUUCAUACCCGAAGCUGCACGGACGCGGUCAUGGCAAAGGUAAAGUCGUCCUCGUUAAUCAUAAUCAUCAGCUGUUCCGUCGUAACGGUAAUCAUCAUGGUGCUGCGCUCCAUGGCGCUCAGCGUCAAAAAUGAGAUUCUCUCGCUGACGAGCUUCUACGAAAAAUACUAUGCCUCUCUCCGGCGCGGAGAGCGAAAGUCAUUCGCCAAGCAACGAGCACUCAAGGAUAUUACCAAGGGCAGCGUGGAAACGAAACGGCAUCGUCCUGUUAUGGGAUUUCAUCCACCACCUCCGAAGCAUCGUGGUCCUGUACUGGUUCACGAGCAGCGCCGACCUGCUAUUCCCGUUGAAGCCAUGCAAACAGGUCCAUUGCCUGGCGUGCGUCACUUUAGGGCCAAUUGACGAACCCUUAUGGAUCUCCUUUGUAACUGGCAUAGAAAUACAUGGGAUACUAACAAUUUUGCUUUCAGUCUGUGCGCAUAGGCGUGUCUUUCAGUUUGUAGGUUCAGGUAAUGGCCACUGCCUACUUGGAAUGCUUUCCGUGCGGUGCCAGCCAUGACACGACUAAGCGUUAAUAGACCCAAGAAAGCCCCGUUAUACGCUUGUGCACCAUCAGCCGAAUGUGGUGUAUGGACCCUAUGAGAAUAGACGUUGAGUGCGUUCGAUGCGAUUAUCG